UGCUGCUGCUGCUGCUGCUGCCAUCCCCUCGCCUGCAUCUCCAUCUUUAGAGCAUCUUCUGGCUGCAAAGGCGGCCGUUGGUGCCUCGCUGGGCGCGGAGGGGAGGCCGUGGGAAGGCGCGCCGAGAGCCGCCUCGCCCGCUCCCCAACCGGGACGCCCCCAUAGACCUUGACGCACAAAAAGGCAGCCGUCCCCCCCCGCUCAGCGCAUCCGCCGGCCCGCCUCCGGACUCCGGAGCAUGCCUCCCGCUCCCCGGACCGGGUUCCGACGCGCAUCGCGGCCCGUGACUCGGGUCCAGCGGCUCAGCAGCGUCUUGCCGGGGCUCCGGCCGGUUGGGCAGCCUUGCUGAGAGCGUCUUUGCUUCCCCCCCCCCACGCGCGGUCGCGAGUGGGCAGCUUCGCGGGAAGGGCGAGGGCGCGGAAGGUGGGAAGCCCCCCCGCUCCACUCCCCGUCGAGGCGGGCCGGGUGAAGAGAGGAGGUCGGGCCGGGGCAUCCAAGCCUCUCUCGGCCAGGCUUCCCCUCCAAGCUCGCCGGCGCGUCCCCGGCUAGGAGGAGCAGGCGCCCCCGAGGCGAAGGCCGGUGCGGGGACGGCGCUCCUCUCGCAGCAGCGCUAGCAGCCUCCGCGCCGGCCGCCCCUGCAGUAGCGGCAGCCGCGCCAAGCGCGCUGCGCCCCGGAGCUCCGAUAAGCGCAGCGUCGGGCCUCUCCGGGCUCGGCCCCGGGGAAACGAUGGAGGCCAUUUGGCUCUACCAGUUCCGCCUGAUCGUCAUUGGGGACUCGACGGUGGGCAAAUCCUGCCUCAUCCGCCGCUUCACCGAAGGGCGCUUCGCUCAGGUCUCCGACCCGACCGUGGGCGUGGAUUUCUUCUCGCGCCUGGUGGAGAUCGAGCCCGGCAAAAGGAUCAAGCUGCAAAUCUGGGACACCGCCGGCCAGGAGAGGUUCAGAUCCAUUACGCGAGCCUACUAUAGAAAUUCCGUCGGUGGCCUGCUCCUCUUUGACAUUACCAACCGCAGGUCCUUCCAGAAUGUCCACGAGUGGCUGGAGGAGACCAAGGCACAUGUCCAGCCUUAUCAAAUUGUCUUUGUACUAGUGGGCCACAAAUGCGACCUGGACACGCAGCGGCAAGUCACCCGACACGAGGCCGAGAAACUGGCCCUCGCUUACGACAUGAAGUACAUUGAGACCUCGGCACGGGAUGCUAUUAACGUGGAGAAGGCCUUCACUGACCUGACUCGAGACAUCUAUGAACUCGUGAAAAGGGGGGAGAUAAGCAUCCAGGAGGGCUGGGAAGGGGUCAAGAGCGGCUUUGUGCCCAACGUUGUGCAUUCUUCAGAAGAAGUGGUGAAGUCAGAUAGGAGGUGCCUGUGCUAACUGGGAAGUCCCCGCGAGGAGGAAGGAGGCUGACUCUUGAGUAGCCCCAAUGGGUUCCAUUCUACUCCACAAACUUGGUGGGAAGGCAGAGAAGGUGCAGUUCGGUAGGCAAAGCACCGGCGCUUGGACUGCUGGAGGACAAAAGGAGGCUAUAACCCCACCAUGUACGAAUCAAUCCAGAUGCAUGUUAAUGUGGUAGAGAUAAGGCCAUGGGAGUCUGGAAAAACGGGGUAGGGAUAGUCACCAUCAAUGGGUUUUAUGUACCCUGGUUUAAAUAGAUUCAUCUAUCAUUGCUUUUCGCUUUUCUUCUUUUUUUUUUUUCCUUUUCUUUUUCUUUUGAAGCCAUAGUCCAAAUCGCCUAUAAUUAGGAAGCGUAUUUAGAACAGGAACAAGGGAGAGAGAAAUCAUAUGCUUGUGCUACCUUUUAAUAAUCACCAUGGCUGAAAUAAUAAUAAUAAAAGGCUUGCUGCAAUAGAAAUUAAAUGUUAAAACAUUGCAGAGCCACUAAAAUUGAAGCCAGAAAGACCCUUACUUUAUUAGUUCCAAUUUUGAUGUCUCAAAAGCUUCUGGGAAUUUGAUAGUUCAGGUUCCACCAUUAAUCUGGGAAGAACUCACCAGUUGAAUCGGUAAGGUCAAUAUUUAUUGGUUCUUUAUGAAAUGCAUAGCCGCAUUCCUUCAAAAGCCUAAGGGUACAUCAUGCUCCCCCCUUAUUUUUCUCCAGAAAAGCAGCCCCACGAAGGAAGUUGGUGACUGGCCAGAGUCAAAGUCAUCCAUGGUUGAGGGGCACCUGAAAGACCCUGGGUGUCCCCAGUCCUAGCCCAACAUUUCAACCAUUACAGUACCCAUACUGAUUCUCAAUCCUGAAAAGAUUCCCAGGAAGAUAUUUUCUAAUUGAGCUCUAUGAGUCAGGCAUGCAAUACUUUCCAUGUUAAUGUUAGAAUUACACAGUGAUGAGUUUUCCCUUUGUAUUUGAUGAUUCCCUCUCCCUAUCACUUUUCAGUUCUUUCAGUUCUUGCUGGGUCUUUCAUCCAAGAGCUGAAGGAAUUGGAAUCUCGGUUGUUAGAUUUCUGCAAGAAGAGGUAACCCUAUUGAUUUAUUACUAAUAAUGGUUAUUAAAAUACAUGAUUGCAUUUAUAUUCUACCUUUUCUCAGGGAGUCCCAGCAUACUUACAGUAUGUGGGCUCUCUUUCUCAAUACCACAAACCUUUGAAGUAGGUUGGACUAAAAGGUUAACUGGCCCAAAGUCUCACAGCGAGACAUUGAUCACUCCCAUGAUCACCUCAUUAGAUCACCCUGAUCUAAGUCCAGUUCAUUAUCCACUACAUCCCUUAAUGAAAUGUUGGUGGUUGCUUGGGCCACCUGGAAAGUUGCAUUCCUAUAAGCGAUAGGAAGAGGGGGGGGGGGUUGAUGUGUGUGUGAGAGGGGGAUACUAUUUAAUCAAGGAUGUUCUAAUUUUCUUCUGGAAAAAGCCAAGAUUGAUUAAAGUUGAAAUAGCAUUGAAACCAUGCUUCCUGCUCUUUGCACGUUGCAUUUCCUGCGAGUCCCAGCUGAAAAGAAAGAGGAUGCAUGGUAAGAUAGGCAAGAUAGAAACCAUUGUUUUGCAAGCCAGUUAACUUGCAAGUGUUGUAGUUUUAAAGGCCUUUCUUUCCCUUCCGGACACAUUAUCAAUCAUUUAAGCGUUGCUUUAAGAAAGCAAGCUAGAUUAGUUAAGCAAGGGCGCUCAUGACACGACCUGAAAUUCUUAGAGGAAAAUCAGUGUCUUCAAAAGAGAUGGAAGUGAGCAGAGGGUCUUGAUGUGAGCAGAGGGAAGUAAUCAGCGACUUGCAAGUGACAUAAUGUCGUUUGGGAGAUGCUGAAUGAUGGGAAACGGCUUUUAAAACCAAGAUGAAUCUGUGCAUUUUCAGCAGCAGUUCCACUUUUUCUCUUGUUGAUCAUUUUGCAUCUGGAGCUGGGCUUUUUCUGAAUGCAGAAAAGAAGGAAAGGAGGAUUGGAUUCCUUGAGAGCAUUGUAAACAUUCCUGAAGAACGUUUAGGAAGAAGCCAAUGUUAAAAGAAACAAUAUUAAUUUUGAGUGUUGCUUUCUUUUAACGAAAUAGUUUGCUUUGAGGCAGAAAAGGGCUAUACUGUUUUUAAUGACCUACAUACUGUACAUCCAGGGUGUUUACUUUUCUUUUUUGGAGGUGACGGCAAUAAUGUAAUAAUCAGCAGAAGACACAAGUAAACAUACAUCCCAUUUGUUAAGGCCAUUGAGAAACAUUUUUAUAGUAAUACAAUAGAAUAAGGGAGGAAGCCCACAUAUACUCAAGACUAUUUUUUUUUAUCAGUAAGUCAGAUUUAGACUAAUUUCAAGAAUGUUGCUAGCGUUGAACCCAGGAGUAAAAUAGAUUGUAGGAUUGGUUAUAUUUUGCAUGCUCUGGCUCAAAUUGUAGCUUUAUAUAAGGAAUAAAGAUAGAAAGGCAAAUGCUUCUUUCUGCCUAUUAACUAAUUAAAGACGUUUUAGUCAAUCAUCUGAAUUUCUGAAUAUUACUUAAACCUGCAUAUGGGGGAGGGGGGAACAUUUCUAUGAAACAAAGAGGUUGGGUUCUUUUUAGAUAGUAUCUGUGGGUGUGACAAACAAACAUUACUAUUGUAGAAAAAUUCCAGCUUCUUACAUAGAUUGCUGCUUAUGAUCCAGUACGUGUUUGCAUUGAAUAUGCUUUUUUUUAAAAAAUAGGUCUAUUUCCCCAGAAAGGGAGGGGGUGUUAGCAGUUUAAGUCAAUUAAUCAAAUUGGAUUUUUAGAAUCAACCUAUCAAGCUGAUGAAAUGUUGGAGCACCUUUAAAAGCUAGCUUUUUUCAGAUAGGAGAAUAAAGGGUGGGAAGAAGUGAUGAUAAAUCCAUGUAAUACUUUAACAAGUGUCAGUACAUUCGUUGGAACUUUUGUUUCAUUCUGAGUUUUUUUCUAUAGUUUUCGGUUUCUGCAUGAUUCACCGGUGACUUCAGAUAAUUUCUAUGAUCAAAUUAAGGCAAUAUGUAAACUACUUUUUAAAUGCCUGUUUACCAAGUGUUGAAAGAUAUGCUUAAGUAUCUUAGGUUACAGUUGCUUGUAGAUUUCAUCUGGACUUGGAAUAGUUGAUCCAUUAAAGCAAAAUAAUUAAUUCAGAAGUGAUUUUUAUAAAUGAGCCUUAUACUUCCAUGUGCUGUUCAAUUCUCUAGAGAAUAUUUCAUAUACAUGUACAUUGUGCACACACAGAUUAAAACUUGGGCUGUCCUAGAACUAUGUACAUUAAUAGGAGAUAAAGACAGAGAAGAGCAACAAAGAUGAUUAGGGAAUUGGAGGCUAAAACAUACAAAGAAUGAUUGCAGGAAUUGAGUAUGUCUAGUUUAUUUUUAUUUAUUUAUUUUGUACUAGGGGUGACAUGAUAGCAGUGUUUCAAAUAACUAUGGGAUUGCCACAAAGAGGGGGAUCAACCUAUUCUCCAAAGGCAGGACAAGAAGCAAUCAAAAGGAGAAACAACCUAGAACUAAGGAGAAAUUUCCUGACAGUGAGAACAAUUAAUGAGUGCAAUAGCUUGCUUCCAAAAUUUGUGGGUACUCCAACACUGGAAGUUUUUAAGACAAGAUUGGACAACCAUGUCUGAAAUUGUAUAGGAUUUCCUGCAGGGGGUUGGAUUAGAAGAUCUCCAAGGUCCCUUCCAACUGUUAUUCUCUAUGUUAUAGUCUUUUCAGUGACACUUCCUCUGGAUAUGAGGAUGCAUUCAGGCCCAGUUUGGUGGUAUUCUUACAGCACCCUAACCUUUGGUAGUUUUAAACUUGGUUAGCAUGUUAUAUGAAUCCCACCAAUGGCACUACCUGAUGUUAAGACAAAAUUUAACGUGCAAACCCAAGUCCAUCUAAUCUGAAGUCCAAAAUCAAGAACACCUCCUAAAUCAGCCUUUACUGGAUGGGUUAUGGAGUGAAUGGAGGACUUUCUACAUGUAAAGUUCAAUUGUGAACUCUCACCUUGGCUUUUUUUACUGUCUCAGGAGCACUGCAUCUCUCCUAGGGAUACGGCAGGUGACCAGGAACCCUGUUUGCCCUUGAUUAGAAAUUUCUCUAGAACUGUCAAAUUUACUGGGCAAAAGCUUUUUUUUUUUUAAUACACCUUCAGUAAAUUUUCCAAGUAAUCACAGAAUCAAAAAGGAAAAAGGAAGGAUCUAGAAGAUUGUGUAGGAACAUCUAACGGCCUUUGAGGGGCCAUGUGCUAAGAUUAUUUACGUGAUUAAAAAAUUACUUGUCUUAACUGUCAUUUUUUAAAAAAGGAGUCUGGAUCCUGCACCAAUCUAAAUCAAAAUCUAUGAACUAGCGUAGUAGCAAAUGCCUUUCAGUUUUUUUCUGGGUUAAUACUGACUUAAUAAUAAACAUCUUUGAUUUGUACUAUCAUGUAUGAGGAUGACAAAGACACACAGAAAAUAUACUGGAAGGUGAAAUGGAAUGGAAAUGAAAUGAAAUGGAAGGUCUAAUAAUCCUGAUAAAAACCUGUCAGUCUUUUUCUGAUUUACAUUUGUAACCCCUCUAUACAAUUAGCAGUGUACCAAGGAUUCCUGCUUUUUAAAAAAUGGGAGGGGCUUGAUUUUGUAAACCUGAUUUCUGAACUGAUUUGAGUAGAUUUCUGUGCAAGAGAAAGGGCUAACGAGGCCAUAGGAAGCUCCAUUUUCUUUCUGCUAUCUGGCAAAAUCCAGCAAAAAUAGAAAUGAGCCCAGUUUAUUAGUUUCAAGUUCACAAUCUUAGUCUGCAUGCUGGAUUUAAAGAAAAAUCCAGACCCUCCAGAUAUAUAAUUAUACUGUACAUUUUUGCUAGCUUUCUGUUUUAUGACUGUAAUGAAAUGUGACGCAAUAUGUUGUAUUUAGCUGCGUGUGGAUGAAAAUUAUGCUCGCGCUUAGCAAAGCAGUUAAUGUGAAUAUGUGACAUGCAAUACAUGUAAGGAUUACUUUAUUUUCCACCAUUUUUCAUGAAACCUCAAGUAACUCUGUGUACAUGAACUGUGGUGGGAAACUCCCCCCCUUCCCCCACAGAUUAGGUUAAAAAUAAACACCACCCACUGUU